AUGGGAACGCCAACAACAGUUUUCACUGACAACCUUAAACCAACAUAUAGCACUGCUGAUACUGGCACAGGCAAAUCAGUUACCACACCACCUACAGACAUGUCUGAACCACCCACUACCCAAUCAGCUGCCGUCCAUAAGUCACCACGGACAUUGAGUUCUACAACUGACAAUUUACAACAGCAACACCUGUUGUCAUACUUGCUAAAGGAGGUUAAGGCAACUAGAGAAAGGGGAGAGAUACUCCAAGAAGCAUUAGAGAAGAGUUCACAAGAAACAAGAGAAUCACUAAAAGGUUUACAAGAAAAUAACGCAUCAUUAGAGAAAGGUUUACAAGAAGCUAGAGAAAGGGAAGAAGUAUUCCGCAAAUCAUUAAAGGAAGAUUUACAAGAAACUAUAGCACAAGAGAUCAAAACAUCGCAGAUGAAGAUGGAAUGUAAUCUUAAGAAGGAAAUGCAGGAGUUACAAGAACGACUGAAGAUGGACAUCGACGAGAGAGAGAGGAAGCUACAGAAGAGCGUAGACCAAGUCCAAGGAGACAUGGAGAAGAUGGAAGGAAAGUUGACAAAAAAGAUAGAAGACGAUGUUGAAGAAACUAAAGCCGAAUUGGGAGAAAGGAUCGCCGAGGUGACGCAGAUGCAGAAACAAUGCAAUGAUGCAGUUAAGGGGAUAGGAGAUAGGCAAAACCAACUGGCUGUCAAUCUGAGAAAUGCUAUAGCCGUGCAACGAGAAGAGGAUAACAAGAGGGUUGCAAUGGAGGUCAGACAAUUACAACAGGGAGUGCAGCAAUUAGAGAGCAAGACAGAAGAUAUUGAUAAACGAAUUAGCAAUGCCACUUUAACCGUUGGGGAAGGUAAGGUUGUUACCUUGAUGAGCAGUGAUAAUCGGUACGUCCAAAAUAAUACAGGGCAGAAAUUUAGACCGAAAGGAGGGUUGCACCCAAUGAUAUUUAUGAAAUGGUUAAAAGGAGUUUUCCCAGCACAUCUUAAAGACUCAGACAAGAUUCAAUUUGCAAUAGAUAGAAUGGAAGGUGAGGCCUUCACUUGGGGAGUCAGGAAGAAGGAAGGGACUACUAGUUAUGAUCAGUUUGAAGAGGAAUUCUUGAAGAAAUACUGCUCCAAAAGUCAUCAGUGCGCAGCAAUUGAGGACCUACUCCACCGCAAGUCACUUAGUACAUGGAGAGGAACAUUGAGAGAGUUUGCCGAACAUUUGUGGGAAUUGAACGAGACCUUGGAACAACCCCUGAGUGAUGACGUAAUGAUAUCAGCGAUAAAAAGAAGAAUGAGCCGGAGAAUGCAAGAAACUGUAUCCGGGAGCCUAAUUAAAGAUAGGGAGGCCUUGAUGGAAAUACUGGAACAGUUGGAAUCUGUUCGAUCACAGGAACACAGUCAAGCUAAUGAUCAAAGCCGAGAGGGAAGUCAUGACCCAAAGAAUCAUUUUAAUCAUUCGUCUGAUUAUAGAGGAAGAGGUGGAGGGACCGGAAAACUGAAGGACACUCCAGGUGAGGUCCAGUCAAGAGUGAGGGCUACAAGGACCCGAAUAAACCUGCUAAGAUAUAUUUAG